CGGUCCUCGGCUUAGUUCAAACUCUGGCCGAGAGAUGGCGGCACUGGACGGAGAUAGAGACAGGUGCCGCUCCAGUCAGCUGGCUGCAGCUGGUGCUGCCGGUGGGUCCAGGCGGGUCACGAGGCAAAGCGUUCACGAAAACACAAAACACGCUGACACACCUCGCCGUCUGAAACGUCGUCUGAAACAAUUGAGCCGGCGUCGCCGUCGAGAGCGCAUCGCUUCGUCCGUCUGCACUGCGCGCGUCGCCAGCAUGACAUCCACGCCCGACGGGCACGACAGGCAACCGGCCAUGACCACGUGUGGGAGGGCCACCGCCACCUGCCGCAAGUGCAAAGUGCACGGCGUGCUCUCGCCCAUGGCGCGCCACCGGAAGGAGGGAUGUGCGUUUGAGAGCUGCGACUGCCCCGGAUGUGACAUCAUCACAAAGAGUCGCAUCGAAAAGAGGAUUUACUUCAAGCGAUUUAUGGAAAGCAAGGCUCGAGAGCGAGCUGCUGCCAGUCUCAGCAGCAACCAGACGACCAGCGGUCAGGCCGCCACAGCGGCCACAGCCCCAGCAGCGCUGCUGCAGGACCACUCUGAGCUCGCCGUCGUGCCCGUGCUGACGCUGUCCGACGAUGACGACGACGAGGAGCACGGGGACGGAACAGGCAGAGUGCCUCAGUUCGUGGUGACCGAGCGUACCCCGCUGGGGGUACUCAAUUGCAAACUGUGUCGGCGGCACAACGCCCCGACCCACGUUAGCGGGAAGAGGUGCCCCUACGCCAACUGCAUGUGCGGGUCCAAGUGCAAGGCCAAGGCUCGCCUCAAAGAGAUCAAGCAGCGCUGGAGCAUGGCCACUUUGGCCGAGCGGGGACUGCAGAAUCCAGUGACCCCCGCCUCGCCAGAAGGACUCCACACUCCAGAUGCAUCCGGAACGCAGCCAGGCGCCGAGGAGCGGGACGACAAUGUUAGUGUCUUAGUGUCGACUUUGGCCGAGAACCCGCCCAACAUCAACCUCUUGCCGCGACUCAGUGUUCUCAACAUUGAGCAGUGCGCCGUGCGCAUCGAGACUGUUACCGUCUCCCCAUCAGAAGCGGAAACGGAGGAUCCAACCUCCGACGCUGCACGGACCGACGCCCAAACAUCCAGAAUCUCAGCGGUAUCGGACGAGACUGCUGUCGUGAAGGCUGCUGGAGAGAUCAUCGAUCGGAUUAUUGAGACUUCUUUCGGAGAGACUGCCGGCGAGGUCAUCGGGGAGGAUGCUGUCGUGGAGACUGCCGUGGAAACUGCCGUUGAAACGAACACCUUUGAGAAGACUGCCGCACAGGAGACCGCCCCACAGGAGGCUUCCGUGGAGGAGACCGUCGUACAGGAGGAUGCCGUUGGGGUUUCCGCCCUGGACCAGGCCAUGCACAAGCUCUGCAUCGAGUGCUCCGCACCGCUCGCCUCGGACAUGGAGCUGCAAGACCACGUGGACACCGUCCACAUGCGGCUGAUCCCACUCUGUCGGUUGGCGCACCUCUUUGGCCGUAUGCAUGAGGUGAUCUGGCCAUGUGCCGAAGAGGCUGAAAUAGCCGCCGGCGAGGCGAGAGCCAAGUGUGUCUAGUGCGCCAAGUGCGCCGGGGAGACAGGCCACCCGCAGUCGACCGGCGCGCGAUGUGCUGCCUACGCGGCGGGCGUGCGGGUGUCGCUCCGGUCGGCCGCUGUCACGGCCUACAGACGCACGGGAACUUCUGAUUAUUCACAGUGCAUUGUCGUGACAGCCAAGUAUUUUGAUUUGAUCUCAAUGGAACGCGUGCGCGUACCGCGCAAUCCAUCUGUGAUAUAAUUUUGUUGUUAUUAAUAUUGUAAUCACGUUGAGCCGUCAAACCGACGGGAUUGUAGUUAUGUUUAUCUUCUUGAAGCGAUUUGUAAUAAAAUGUUAUCUAUUCUAGAGAAGUUCAGUUAA